AAUCUAACCUAUAGCCGUUUCCCAUAAAUAAAUUCAUGUCUUUUUUAUUUUCGAGUACUACUUCCUUUUUUUCACUUUUUAUUUUUAUCAACAGCAACCUGACAAAUGAAAUCGCAUAGCUAAAGCCGAAAAGAGUUUCAAGUCCUGCUACAAAAAAUCCCUCUCCCAUUUCCACUCCUUGUUGGGCUUUAGCACCCAGAUGCAUUUGGGGAACUUUGCUGUUUCUGUGUUUUCGACCCCGCAUGUCUCUCAGGUAUUGAAAGAAAGUUGACAGUGCAACUUGAAAUUUAGGCUAUUUAAGACUCUAAAUUCUCUGGCUUGUAUCGUAUCUUAAGUAAAUCUGUGCUCUUAGUGGUUCCCUCAAAAUGGCGACUGCUAUAUCGCCGUAUUUCACACCUUCAGAUACCAGACCAAUGGGGGUACUUAAUGUUCUUGGAGGAAGAGUGUCAAUGGAUAAUCUUUUAGGGCGAGUUGGCUGCCUUAAAAUGUGUGAUGGGAGGAGUGGGUGUUCAAGUGCUGGCCAAAGGUCUACCAUGCCACAUUUUAGAUGUUCUCCCAACUCUCAAAGUGUCAGUCCGUAUCAAAAUAAAGACCCUUUUCUGAAUCUGCACCCAGAAGUUUCAAUGCUUAGAGGUGAAGGGAACAAUACAGUAACCAAUCCAAGGAAGGAUAGUUCUAGUGGAAGUGUCACAGAGAGCUUAGGAGACAUGUCUGGUUCAAGUAACUAUAAUGAAGCUAAGAUCAAAGUUAUUGGUGUUGGAGGCGGUGGGUCCAAUGCUGUUAAUCGCAUGAUAGAGAGUGCAAUGAAGGGUGUAGAGUUCUGGAUUGUUAACACUGAUGUUCAAGCCAUGAAAAUGUCACCUGUCUUUCCUGAGCAUCGUUUGCAAAUUGGUCAGGAGCUAACUAGGGGUCUUGGUGCUGGUGGGAACCCUGAGAUUGGCAUGAAUGCUGCCAAAGAAAGCAAGGAGUUAAUAGAAGAGGCUCUUUAUGGUUCUGAUAUGGUUUUUGUUACAGCUGGAAUGGGUGGAGGGACAGGAACUGGUGGAGCUCCUGUAAUUGCUGGGGUUGCAAAGUCCUUGGGUAUAUUAACUGUUGGUAUUGUAACUACCCCUUUUUCCUUUGAGGGAAGAAGGAGGGCUGUUCAAGCACAGGAAGGAAUUGCAGCUCUGAGAGAAAACGUCGACACACUAAUUGUUAUUCCAAAUGACAAGUUGUUGACUGCAGUUUCCCAGUCUACUCCAGUAACAGAAGCAUUUAAUCUGGCUGAUGAUAUUCUUCGACAAGGUGUUCGUGGCAUCUCUGAUAUAAUUACGAUUCCAGGGCUAGUGAAUGUGGAUUUUGCUGAUGUGCGCGCUAUAAUGGCAAAUGCAGGCUCUUCACUGAUGGGGAUAGGAACUGCAACUGGGAAAACAAGGGCAAGAGAUGCUGCACUAAAUGCUAUCCAAUCCCCUUUAUUAGAUCUUGGUAUAGAAAGGGCUACUGGAAUUGUAUGGAACAUAACUGGUGGAAGUGAUUUAACCUUGUUUGAGGUUAAUGCUGCGGCUGAGGUUAUAUAUGACCUUGUGGAUCCGACUGCCAAUUUAAUAUUUGGAGCAGUGAUAGAUCCAUCACUUAGUGGCCAAGUAAGUAUUACUUUAAUUGCCACGGGAUUUAAACGUCAAGAAGAAAGUGAAGGGAGGCCACUCCAGGCAGGUCAGCUAGCACAGGGAGACAUUGGUCUUGGAAUCAAUCGGCGGCCUUCUUUCAGUGAAGGUGGUUCAGUGGAGAUCCCUGAGUUCCUCAAAAAGAAGGGACGCUCACGCUAUCCAAGAGCUUGAAUGAUUUUCUACAUAUCGUCUUGACCAAUGUAGUUAUUGGCCUCACUCUAAAAUCUCUGCUUAGUUCUACACAGUCCUCUUUGUUUCCAGUUUCUGAUUUGGGCUAUUAGUGCGAAUGCUUGUUCGAAAAUGUAGCAGAAAUAUAGCGUGUUAGUAGUUGCUUCUAUAUAGUUUGUUCCCUUACAGUGCAAUCAACUACCUUUAGCCCCACUUCUUCAAUAAGUUAAUUAAAAUUCACGAAGUUUAGGUUAUAGCUUGUUUCAGCAGAGCAUAUUUGAAUAAAACUUGAGUAGCUUGUACAGAGUGGACUUGAUGAAAGUAAAGAUGAGAUUUCUCAGUGUGUUUA